CAGACUCAGAAGGCUGGAGUUCUCGCCAAGGGCCCAGCGAGCAGUCCGCAAUUGAUGCCCCUGUGCCUGCCUCUGUUGCUCAUCCUGAUUCUGUGUCAUCGGUGCUUCACUCUGUCAUCUUGCUUCAUCACGUGCACUAUCACUGCUCGUCAUCGACAGCACCUCCCAUCUCAUCGCGAGCGGCAAAGGAGCGCAAGAGCAUUCAUGACGGAUCCAGCCGACAGCCACACCUGCACCCACACAAGCAGAACUGGCGAAUGCGGAGCCGGGCCACCACUGGCCAAGCACGACGCCGAGGCGCCCAGUGCACCAGAUGGGCCGGGGGAUGGGAGCGCUUCGCGUGGGCAGCCCCCGUUGGUGCGGCUGACCAAGUCUCAGAAGAAGGUGGAGGCGCGCAAGAGGUACCGGAUGAAGAAGCGUGCGAGGCAGAAGGAGACCAGGAGGGAGAAGCGCAUCGAGCAGAGGGAGCAGAGGAAACAACUGCUCGAGGGCAUGACCGAAGGUGAGUCAUAAAUGGGCACAUGGGCAGCGGGGCAGCAUGCAGACGUCAGAUGGACACUGAAGGAAUGACUGUCUUGUGUGUGCUGUGAUGGUGCCUGACAUUGGUGUGUGUUAUCGUGUGUCAGAGGAGCGGGCUGCCUUUCUGGAGGACGAGAAGCGCCAGAAAGAGGCACUCGAAAAGUCCUACGAGGUAGGUAGGCCGCUCACCGACCGCCUAAGCAGAUCCCUCAGCCGAUGCAAGUGUGCCCGGUAUUGUGUGAUCAGGGUCACUUGGCCGCGGCGUACGAGAGCGGGACGAAGGUGGUCUUCAACUGCAGCUUCAUGGACCAAAUGUCAGACAAGGUGGACUGAUAGAGCAUCACCGACGGCCGCACCGCCUGGAGCGGUUUCUCUGUGUCGCUGUCUGCCACGAUCGAUGGAUGGUUCAGGAGAAGUCGAGUUUGGCCAAGCAGCUGUCGUACGCCUACAACGCCAUGAAGACCAGCGACCCCCCUGUCAGGCUGCAGAUGCAUGUCACGUCUUUCGACAAGGGAGGGGAGCUCUGGCAACGGUCGGUAGGCAGGAGCAACACACGAAGCACUGACACAGCAGCCUGAAACAUGGUGGUGACCGAAUCCCCCUCUCUCGUUGCUUUGUCAGGAUGCUGCACUUCGGUGCUGAAAAGUGGAAGGUGGGCAAACAUGUCAGUCAACCGAUCGGUCGGUCGCACUGUGUGUGUGUGUCAUAUAGAUGCACUAUCACGAGGGUUCAGCGUGGGACGUCUUCUCCCUCGAUGACAUCGUUGUGCUCUCACCUGACGCUCAGGAGGUGAGGCGAGGCCGACACACCCACACCCACACCCACACACAACCAGCUACCCAUCUGUCAAAUCCAUCCCUCCGUCUGUCUGUCUGUCUGUCAGGAGCUCGAGUGCGUGGACGAGUCCAAGGUGUACGUCAUCGGCGGCCUCGUCGACCGAAGCAUUGCAAAGGUGGGCGGCCCAGACACACCCAUUUUCCUCACCCGCCUUUUGUGUAAGCUUUGUGUGGUUGGCUGGCUGGUCGUGCGUCUGCAGUAUGAGUCGUGGAGUCAGGCGCAGCAGUACGGCCUCCCCUGCAGAAAACUGCCAUUCACCGUACGUACGGACGGAUGCACACACCGACUGACUGACUGACUAAGUGACGUGCACACACACUCAUGACUCAAUCGGUGCUGUUGUUGUGUGCCUGUCUGACUGGGUGCGGUGCGGUGCAGCGUUACAUCAAGGAGAACCUGGGCACGGUCCUCAAUGUUAACACCGUCGUGGAGGUCAGUCAGUCGACAACAAACAUGCUACAGACAAGAACAAUAGUCUCUCUCACUCCUUUCUCUCCCUCGAUCGAUGUGUGGUGCUGCUGCCACGCUCCAGGUGUUGAUACGGUAUCUGCAGACCAAGGAUUGGGAACACGCUCUCACCGCAUCCGUCCCACAGGUGCCUGCCUACGGCACACAGAGACCCACUCGCUCACUCACGGGGUCUGACCUGUCGUUUGUCUGUCUGUGUGUGGUGUGUGGUUGCAGCGCAAGCAGACCAACAUCGGCAAGAAGGCCGUCAAGCUUCAAACCAAGAGGGAGAGGAAGUACGGGAGCGAAGCCUCACACAUGCACACGCAGACCGACCAACGACACAUAAGCCGAUGUGUCGUUAUGUCGGUGUGCCCGUCUGUAUGUCAGAGAGUACUACGAGUCGCUGAGGCGUGCAGGCGUCGAUGUGGAUGACCCCCCAGGGAAGCGACCGCGCCUCCAACCCACAGGUGGCGACCUUGAAGACGAUCAUCGCGAAGGGGACAGGACUGACUCGGAUGAAGACGAAGACGACGAGCUGGACGAGGAUGGCGACGAAGAUAUUCAUGUCGAUAACGGCGGCCAGAAAGGAUGCGAGUGUGGGUAAGACAGGCUGUGGCUGGCCACCUGGGUCCGCGGCUGACUGGGUGGGUUUCCCUUUGGUGCUGCAUGGGUGUACAUAUGUGAGUGUGUGUCGUGUCUGUGAGGACCUAUUGUAUGUUCUCGCUGCAAGACUUCAUUUGGUGGCAUAAAUUCAUCGAUGAGAGGUCACAGGACUUAUUUGUCAAAGGAG